CUCGUGUGUUUUACGGUGCGUUUGCAUCUGUUUCGUUUAAUUUCAAUUCGUUUCGUUUCGGUUCGUUUGGUUUCGUUUCGUUUCGCUUCUUAGCAAAAAAGUCUUUUUGUCGAUCGAGUCGCAGAAAAUGUAUCAACGACAAGUUUCCUUCGAUAAGCCCACGCGCAUUGAGGACUCGGCGUAUAUAGCGGAGGGCGUGGACAUGCAGGAGGCUAGGAACACCUGUCUGCUCUUCUCGCCCAAGGACUCGUCGCUUGCCAGCGGAGCCUUGGCCAAUACCCUGGCCAUCUUCAAGAAGCACGACAUCAAUUUGCUGCACAUCGAAUCGCGCUCGUCGCUCCGUGUGCCCGGCUACGAGUUCUUUGUGGAGUGCGACGGCAAGUCGGGUGCGCUGGGCAAAGCCAUUGAGGAUGUCAAGGAGCAGUGCAGCUACUUCAAUAUAAUCUCGCGUGAUUACAAGGACAAUGCCACGGCUGUGCCUUGGUUUCCACGGCGUAUACGCGAUCUGGAUCGCUUCGCCAAUCAGAUCUUGAGCUACGGCGCCGAGCUGGAUGCCGAUCAUCCCGGCUUCACAGAUCCCGAGUACCGCAAGCGGCGCAAAUACUUCGCGGACAUCGCCUACAACUACAAGCACGGCGAGCAGCUGCCCCAUGUGGACUAUACGAAGGAGGAGAUCGAGACCUGGGGCAUCAUCUUUCGCAAUCUGACCAAGUUGUACAAGACGCACGCCUGCCGCGAAUACAAUCACGUCUUUCCCCUGCUCGUCGACAAUUGCGGCUUUCGCGAGGAUAACAUACCCCAGCUGGAGGAUGUGUCCAACUUUUUGAGGGACUGCACGGGUUUCACUCUGCGCCCAGUGGCUGGCCUGCUCAGCUCUCGCGAUUUCCUCGCCGGCCUGGCCUUCCGCGUCUUCCACUCCACGCAGUACAUUCGGCAUCCCAGCAAGCCCAUGUACACACCCGAGCCGGACGUCUGCCACGAGCUGCUGGGUCAUGUGCCGCUCUUCGCUGAUCCAGCCUUUGCCCAGUUCUGUCAGGAAAUUGGCUUGGCUUCUCUGGGCGCACCCGAUGACUACAUUGAGAAGCUAUCCACGAUCUUCUGGUUCACAGUGGAGUAUGGCAUGUGCCGUCAAGAGGGCGAGCUGAAGGCUUUCGGUGCUGGUCUGCUCUCUUCCUAUGGCGAGCUGGAGUAUUGCCUGACAGACAAGCCGCAGCUGAAAGACUUUGAGCCGGAAGUGACGGGCAUUACCAAAUAUCCCAUUACACAAUUCCAGCCGCUUUACUACGUGGCCGACAGCUUCGAGAACGCCAAAGAGAAGACCAUUAAAUUCGCCAACUCCAUUCCGCGUCCCUUCGGAGUGCGCUACAAUGCCUACACACAGAGCGUGGAGGUGCUCGACUCCAAGCCCCAAAUCUCCAACCUGAUGAACAAUAUCAAUGCCGAGUUCCAAAUACUGCAGAAUGCGAUUGUCAAGCUGCGCGUUUGAGCGACGCCAUAUAUCCAUAAGAAACCCCCCACUUUCUCCCUAUAUAUAUAUAUACGUGUAUACUACUCUAUGAAAA